GGUAAACACUCCGUAAGCACGAGUGUUUUUAUUGUUCUUCAAAGAAAAUCCAUUUAAAAAAUGGUAAUAGCUAUUGGAUUCGAAGGAAGUGCUAAUAAAAUUGGAAUCGGAAUAGUGAAGGAUGGGGAAAUUUUGGCGAAUUGCAGGAGAACCUAUAUUACGCCGGCUGGUGAAGGGUUCCUACCGCGAGAAACAGCUGAACAUCACCAAGAACACAUUCACGAGAUACUGAAGGAGGCUCUAGAACAAUCCGGCAUCACUCCUCAAAUGAUAGAUGUGGUCUGCUACACCAAGGGACCCGGUAUGGGAGCCCCGCUCAUGGUCUGUGCUAUUGUGGCCAGGACCUGCGCUAAAUUGUGGAAGAAACCUCUUUUGGGCGUCAAUCAUUGUAUUGGACACAUAGAAAUGGGCCGUCUAAUCACGAAGGCUAACAACCCAACAGUGCUGUACGUGAGUGGAGGCAACACACAGAUCAUUGCCUACUCCCGGCAGAGGUACAGGAUAUUUGGGGAAACCAUAGACAUUGCUGUUGGAAACUGUUUGGAUAGGUUUGCAAGAGUGCUAAAGUUAUCAAAUGCCCCAAGUCCAGGCUAUAAUAUUGAGCAAGCUGCCAAAAAGGGAACUAAAUACUACCAGCUUCCAUAUUGUGUUAAAGGCAUGGAUGUCAGUUUCUCAGGCAUCCUAUCUUACAUGGAGGACAAAAUAGACAGUUUGUUAAAGAGGUAUACACCAGAAGAUCUGUGUUAUUCACUGCAAGAGACUGUGUUUGCCAUGCUUGUGGAGAUUACUGAGAGGGCCAUGGCCCAUUGUGGCUCUGAUGAGGUCCUAAUAGUAGGAGGGGUCGGUUGCAACGAGCGCCUCCAAGAGAUGAUGGGCGUCAUGUGUGCUGAACGAGGCGCCAAAGUAUUCGCCACUGAUGAACGAUUCUGCAUAGACAACGGAGUCAUGAUCGCACAUGCCGGCGCCCUGGCUUUUGAGUCAGGGGCCACGAUGGACUUCAAAGACUCUACUAUUACGCAAAGAUAUAGGACUGAUGAUGUGUUAGUUACUUGGAGAAAUGAUUAA